UUAGGCUACGACCAUAUUUGGACAUCAAACGUGGCAGUUUGCAAAAUAAACGGCAUGCUUACGGAAUCGACAGUUUCUCCUGGUGUUGUUUACGGAGCUAAAAAGUCAGCGUGGGGCCCGUUGGAGUUUUCCUGUCAGAGCGCAGCGGAAGCGUGUGAUCAUUUGCAGUCAUGAGGCUCCGCUACCCGAAGUGGGUUUAAUCUGGAGGCUCGCUUCCCCUGACGUGGAAAACCUUUGCCUGCUUCCAGUCACUGUGGUAUUCUUGGUUGUGAAACUGCGCCUGGAUGCUGGCGCGCGCACACCCAUCUGCUUACAAUCAAUAUCCGGGACGAUUUUGUGAUGGAAAUUAUGCUUUCUACGGAUUCACUCUGCCAACUCGUCUCUAAUUGUCAAAUCGCGGAGAUGGAUAUAGUUGUUGACUUUGCGAGACAUUAGUUUGUGUUUUGAGUAAACCCCAAAUUCGGCGUUGGAGACCGUUCAAAGCAUAACAUGAAACUUUGGACAUCUAGUCGUCACACUGUAGCCUACCUUUCAGAAUUGCGCUGUUUGUCCAAAUAGGUCCGCUAUUUCUUUUUUUAACGGUUUCAAAGUGCUGCUUUCGCACUGCGUUGGUGUGGGAUGCGGGGUCGAAGCGAACAUUCCAAAUGGUCUUCCUCUUGCCCAGAGUCUUCAAAGCCGAAGGAGAAGCGGGGAUGUUCCGUUGGCUGCUUCGGGCGCUCCGCCGCCGGUGUUGUCCGCGUUCAGUGCUGCUUGUAGGAGUUGCUUUAUGCCUUUUCUACCAGACCCUGGUGGUCGCCCGGAGUCGGUUGAAAGCGAGCCCUACCGUCUCCAACCUGCCAAACAAGUCAUUGGAGCCCGACGGACAGUUCGGCCAAUUGCUUCGCAAACACCCAGAUCGCCUUAAUUCUGUGAUUGGAGGGUUGAAAAACGAAUCAACAAAUGUCCAGCUGAGCCAGUCGGGGCGUGGCAGGAGGGCGGUGGUGCUGAUUGGUCAGCGCGUCUCCACGGAUACGGAGGUGCAGCUCUACCUGCGCGUGCUGCAGCAGCGCGGCUACGAGGUCAGAGCGUCGCGCUGCACCGACGCCAGCGCCGCUCUCCCGCCAGGCGGGGGUGAGUGGGAGGUGCUGGUGUGCCUGCCCGGCCCAGGGAGGGGCUGCAGCAGCAGGGUGGAGUCUCUCCCCCUCCGGCCCCAUCAGCGGGUGAACCUCAUACCUGGACUGGCCCGGGCGUUCUCACCCCUGGGCGGAGUCUGCCGGUUUCAGAGUGACAGCAGGCUGUCAGGACUUGAAUUUCCCAUCAUUCCUUCUGCUUGUGCGCAGCUGAGAGCAACCAAUGGCCCGGGCACAUCGCAAUGGGCCCCACCCCACCCACCCCUGGGCACUGUGGCUGGACAUGGAUUCGUUGCCAUGGUGAAGGUGUACGUCCUCGUCACCUCGGCGACGCCCCUCACAGCCUUCUUCCACCCCACCUGCCUGGUCAGGACGGACCUCUCCAGCAAUGGCUAUGUCUCCAAGCUCCAGCCCUUUCUCCUGAAGCAGCUGGGAGCCGACGCCCCUCUGGCCCUCGGCAACACCAGGGAGGCCGUGGGCGGAGUCCUCCUGGCUGCCGCGGCGACCGUCGCAGAGCCCCACCCCCGCAGCAGGUGCCUCCUCUGUUUCCAGCUACUCACUUUCACUCUGCUCUUUAAUGGCUCCCUCCUCCCUCAGAUUGUCCAGGUACAGGAGGACCUGCGCUUCGAGGAGCCGGCGGACCCAGACUUCGAAGGCCAGAUCGCUAAAGAGCUCGUUCUGGAAGACUCUCUCAACUUCCUGCUCCCCGCAACCACCGGAAACCAGGACCUGACCAAACUCUUCUCGGACUCCGACACGCCCGUCGGAGAGAGCUACGGUGGCUGUCUAGGGACACACAGAGCCUGUCUGCCUCCCAACGAGACCCUUCUGCUGCUCCAGUUUGCGCAGCAGCUGAAAGCAGGCGGACCCUUUAAGCUGCUCUACCCAGCAUCCUCUCCUGGCCUCGACGCUCUCCAGCACCGUCUCUCCCAGAGGUUCCGCACCGCAGGGGAUUCUGGGACAGGAGUCCGCCUGGCUGCGCUGUUGAACUGGGUCCUCAACCAGACGGGAAUGGGUGACCCAGAGGGACAGGCAGGAAGGAAACCAGCAGAUGAUUCCCUGCAUUCCCAGAAUUCCCAGUUAGAGAAACAUUACUCCCAGUGGUCGGACUGCGGUCAUGACAGGUGUGUGGACCCCCACCUGCGGCAGGUGUACACAGACCCCCCCCUGGUCCUCUCCCCCCCCUUCAGCCCGGAGGUGAAGGAGUACCAGGCAGAGGUUCCCUUCGACACAGUGAUGAUGCGGAUCAGGGCGGAGCCACUGGACUGUGGCUGCCAGGUGCACCUGGACGAGCGCAGGGGACCCAGAAUGGCCAACUACCCGGUGGGUCUGGGCAGCAGCAGGGUCAGUGUGCUGCUGACGGACGAGUCGGGGGCGGAGCCUGUCAUCGUGGCCGUCUACACGCUGAGCCUGUACCGCCAGCCCCGGCCCAGCCUGCCCAUGUUCCACGAGCACGUCACCUGCGGCUUUGAGCAGGACUGCGGCCUUCUGGUCCAGCCCGGCCGCCCCUGUGGCUUGGAGCCUCUCGUCGGGACGCCGUCUCCAGGCGAGCCCCAGGCUUACGAUCGGGCCUGUUCUUCUGGGGACGCUCCAGGUCGGUGGGUGGUUCCCUGCCUGAGCUGCUAUGACAACAGGACCUGCGAUUGGCGGGAGGUAUCCUGGCAACCGUACGACUGCCACCACCCAGCCCUGACCCGGCCACAGCUGCAGACCUGUUUGACGGACAGGAAGGUUCUCUUCAUCGGUGACUCCACCAAUCGGGGGAUGAUGUACUACCUGAUGGAGCGGGUCAACGCCACCCUGGAAGCCUGGGGCAAGGCCCACGACACCAUCGUGUACCACAACGUCAACCAGGGCGCCACCCUCAUCCGAUACUCCUACUACCCCCAGUUCUGGCUGGAGAAGGCCCGCCGGCCCACCUUCAAGAGAGCCCUGGAGCAGCUCAUAGAGAGGUCCCGCCCCCUAGAGGACUCCGCCCAGACGGUGCUGGUUGCCGGGGGCGUCCAAUGGCUGAACACCAAUCAUCUGACCAUCCUGCACCAGGUCCUCAAGAGGGAAAACCUGCUCAACAUUCUGGUGGUGGUAAAAUCUCUGGGAAUGGGCUUCCAUCUGCCGGUGGAUGGGAUCCGCUCACUGUCCCUCCGGGGAGUGCAGGACCUCUACCACACGAACGAGAAGAUUCUCACGGCUGCAAAGCAUCAUGGGUAUGAGGUCGUCGACACCUUCCGCAUCACGAUGGGCCGGUACAAAGAGUUCCUCCAGGGAAGGUGCGCCUGCCAUUUUCACGAGGUUGGGAAGGCGACGUUCUCCGAAGCUUCUCCGCACAGGAAGAUGAAGCUCUUUGGGCAGUCUGAGCCCAGCCCGGCUGCCCUGCAGGAGCCCGGGGCCUCCAGCUCUCCCUACCACGUGAAGGGGCCCAUAAACCAGGUGUACUCUGAGAUCCUGCUCAGCCGCCUCUGCUGGGGCAGGACAAACCUGACCAUGGGGUCUCACUGAGGGCCCACGCACAGCUGUGUGUGUGUGUGAGUGUGUGUGUGUGUGAGGGAGAGAGAGACCCUCGCAACGUGUGUGUGUGUGUGUCUGUGUGAGAGAGAGAGAGACCCUCUGUCCCAGUAUGUGUGUGUGUGUGUGUGUGUGUGAGUGUGUGUGUGUGUGAGGGAGAGACCCUCGCAACGUGUGUGUGUGUGUGUGUGUGUUUGUGUCUGUCUGAGAGAGAGAGAGACACUCUGUCCCAGUGUGUGUGUGUGUGUGUGUGUGUGUGUGUGUGUCUGUGUGAGAGAGAGAGAGAUAGAGAGACUCUGUCCCAGUGUGUGUGAGCGUGUGUGUGAGUGUGUGUGUGUUGAAAGUAUGACAGUUGAAUCACUUCCAUUAUCCAGUCAGAAGCGAUGGUGAGGAAGGAGUCCAGAAUGAUUCCAGCAGCUGUGGAACGAGGGGAACUGAUCAGGACUGGGAGCCAAUUCCCGCCAUCGUUGUGGCUGUGCCUUACUUUCCAGCCAGUCGAUAGGGUAGCGUUGCCAUGGAGAUGGGGCAGUAUUGAAUACCCCUUUACAGGAGAGGCCUCUGGGAACAGUGACGGGCGCGAUAAUUUAGCGCAACACAGGAGCAUAUGUGAUUUCCACAGCGGGCCCCUGGGACUUUUAUUUUGACAAUGGGUGGGAGGCUCAACGCAGUGGAGAAAUAUAGGGAAAGGGCUAUAACGCGGGCUGCGUCUCAAACUGAAGGCACUUUUGAUGCCUUAAUGCCUGAUUAGUCGCUGUCCUUCAAAUGUGUCUUCUGAUGUGCCUAGGCACUAAUAUGAGACACGCUUUGAAGGCAGGAAGUCAAAGUAACGUGAUAGCGGCUAGCUUACUAGUUCAUGGAAAGCUCACAGAGGCUUAAACACCUUUACUAUGCUAUUUGAGAGUGGAAUUAACAUGUAGUUUAAAAAAAAGAAAGAAAAAAAGCUUGCUGUAUCCAUGCGCUGUUACAGUUCUGUGAGAAGUCCGCCGCCAUUUUCAGUAAGUAAGCCUGAAGUAUAAUCGUAAAGACCUAUCCGGCGAAGGAUGCGUGCACGCUGCCUUCAAUACGUCCAAAGGAAGGCACCUUAGAAGUCAUAAUGUUUUUGCAAACUUUUGAAUGGGACGGCGCGCGACGCCUUCCUGCCUUAAGAGCACUGCCUAAGAAGGCCGUUUGAGCUCACGCGGCCUCGAACUCUGUUACCGUAUGUUACAUAGUAGCUGCGAGAGUGUCGCGCAAAAUGUUUUCUGAGCUUUGUGCGAACUUGGUACGCGCAAGCUAUGGACGCCUUCGAUGCCAAAAGUGCUUCUUGGAGCCAUUUCUCCUGUGUGGAAGAGGGGCGCCGCAGACACUCUGCACACGUCUGAUGAAGUCCGCUCUUUCAAACCCCACAUACCUCAAUCUUGUGUGUACAGUUUAAUACAGUGGUCCUCACUCCUGGUCCUGGAGAGCCGCUGGGUUUGCUGGCUUUUGUUUUU